AUGGCUGAAGAUCUUUUACAACCAAAGGAAAACAACACCUUAGAAAAUAUUGGCUGUGCAUAUUUUGAUGAAUUAGUUGCAAGGUCGUUUUUUCAACCUGCUAGUACUAACAGAAAGUUAUUUAUAAUGCAUGAUCUUAUGCGCGAUCUAGCAACAUUUUUUGCUGGGAAAUUCUAUUUCAAACUUAAAGAAUUUGGCAAUCGAUGCAUGAUAGACAACAAAACUCGUCAUUUAUCAUAUGCUACAAAAUUUGAGGAUAGCAUCAAAUUAUUUCGAGAGGCCAAUAAUGGAGCAGUACACCUGAGAACAUUUUUAGAUUUUACUUUCCUUCGCCAUGAUCAAUCAAUUGAUAUUGAAAGCGAUUCUUGGCUCUUACAACAACAAUUAGGGUGUUUAAGAGUUUUGUCAUUUAAACACUCUUCUAUAGAGUUAUUGUCUGAUUCAAUAGGUGAAUUGAUUCUUUUGCGUUACUUGAAUCUCUCUGACACACCUAUUAUGACGUUAUCUGAGUCAAUAUGUAAUUUAUACAAUCUCCAAACUUUGAAGUUGAGGAAUUGUGAUGAGUUAGAUAUGCUUCCCCGCCGCAUGGAAGAUCUUGUGAACCUGCGUCACCUUGAUAUUCGAGGAGCUUCUCGUCUGAAAGAGAUGCCGAAGGGAAUGAGCAAGUUAAAGCAUCUAAACUUCUUAAGUGAUUAUAUUGUCGGCGAGUAUGAAGAAAAUGGGAUAAGAGAACUGGAAACACUGGACAUUCUCCGUGGCUCAUUUUGCAUUUCCAAGUUGGAGAAUGUCAAGAAUAGCGGUGAAGUUUUGGAGGCAAAGAUGGAUGGUGACAUUGAUGAUGUUCAAAGUGAAAGAGAUAUACUUGACAAGUUACAACCUCAUCAAAACUUGAAAAAGUUAUCAAUUGUUGGUUAUCGAGGUGAAACAUUCCCAGAUUGGUUAGGCCUUUCUUGCUACUCCAAUAUGACCAAAUUGAGGCUGAAGCGUUGUAAGAAUUGUUGUGAGCUUCCUUCACUAGGACGUUUACCCUUUUUACGGCAUCUGGAGUUUUCUGAUCUUGAUGGGUUGGAGAGAAUUGAUUUUGAGAUUCACAACAAAAAAAAUGGAUCAUUUCAGCAGAAGACACCCUUCGAGUCUCUUGAAACUCUGGAAAUUACGAGCAUGUCUGGUUGGCGGGAAUGGCAUUUUCCUGAUGAGUUUGAUGGUUUUCCUAAGCUUAGAAUCCUUUCACUAAAAAGCUGUCCGGUGUUAAGAGGAGAUCUGCCUGCUCACCUUCCGGCUCUGGAGGAACUUACCAUUGCUGAUUGUGAAGAGCUUGCAUGUCCGCUGCCGAGGGCUCCCAAGCUUCACCAAUUACUUGUAGAUGGUUCUUCUACGUAUUUCGCAAGAGUCACGUAUUGGAGUGGCGACCGCAUAUCCUACUACCGCCACAAUAUAGUAAUUUCAGGAACCCAGCUGGCGAAUUCCGUAUUGGAGUGGCUACCGCACAUCCAACCGCCACGUGUCCGUCGUCUGCGUAUAAUGAACUGUGAGUCAGCCAUAUCAAUUUCAGGAGAUUAUUUGCCGGCUUCAAAAAUUAACAUUCUCCGAGCAACUGCAACACAAGUCACUAACGGAGAUUCAUGUAGAGGGGUGUGGUUCACUGUCGUCGUUUCAAUUGGGGGCCCUUCCAAAUCUCAAGGAACUCGUAAUCAGUAA